UCAUGCUUUGUAACAUCCGCUGACGUCUCCCGCAGAGAGUAGAAGAAGGAAGUUCGGGUCGACAAACUAAAUGUCAACUUUCUCAUCUCACACUCCCUGUCAUGGCCUUAACAACGCGUUUUAGAUGACGACGAUAGGUUUAUGUAGAUAAGCCUUAGCGGGAAAAGGAAAAGAUGUGUGGGUUUAGGUUUUCGGCGUUGGCGAGCAGUCUGCUGGUACUGCUCUGGACUUCCGUGUGCGUUUCCCCGGCCCGUUUGCUGGGUGAUGACGGAAAAGUUUUGAGAAUCCCGCUGAAGAGGAUAUCCAGAGAAAUCAGGGAAGAUGUGUUAGAGAGAAAUGUCGGGGCCGACCCGAGCACUCAGGAGGACAACUUACGGGGGAAACCAGGACAAGGGUACUACGUACAGAUGGCACUGGGCACCCCUCCUCAACUGUUGAACAUCUUGGUAGACACAGGCAGCAGCAACUUUGCAGUCGGAGCAGCUCCCCACCCCUUCCUGGACAAGUACUUUGAUAGGAGUUUAUCAUCUACCUACACAGAUACGCAGAAGUCUGUCUAUGUGCCAUACACACAAGGCAACUGGAAAGGUUCUCUCGGCACAGACGAGGUCAGCCUCCCCUCCGGACCAAAUGUGACGGUCCGUGCCAACAUUGCCAGUAUCACCAGCUCCAGUAACUUCUUCAUCAACGGCUCUCACUGGGAGGGCAUCCUGGGGCUGGCCUACUCAGAGAUAGCAAGGCCUGACUCCACUGUGGAGCCCUUCUUUGACUCCAUGGUGAAAGAGGGACAUGUUCCAAACAUCUUCUCCAUGCAACUCUGUGGGACAAUAGACCAGGGCAACACCACCGACAUCAGUGUGGGGGGAACCAUGGUGGUGGGAGGCAUAGAUGCUGACCUGUAUGAGGGUCCCAUCCUGUACAGCAGUCUGAGGAGAGAGUGGUAUUACGAGGUGAUCAUCACUAAGGUGGAGGUAGAUGGAGAGGACCUUGGGAUGGACUGCAAAGAGUACAACUUUGACAAGACUAUAGUUGACAGUGGUACCACCAACCUGAGAGUCCCCAAGAAAGUCUUCAGGAAAGUUAAGCAAAUGCUGGAUGCAAAGACAGAUAUUGACAUCCCGGCAGAGUUCUGGACAGGUGAGGACCUGAUGUGCUGGAAGAUUGGCUCCACCCCGUGGGAACACUUCCCCCCCAUGGGGAUCUACCUCCAGGGCACCUCCAACAGCGAGGCCUUCCGGCUCAGUAUCUCCCCACAGCAGUACAUGCGCGCCGUCAGCGAUGGACUCGGGCGCACAGAGGACUGCUACAAGUUUGCCAUCACAUCAUCAGACACAGGGACUGUGAUUGGAGCUGUAGUGAUGGAGGGAUUCUACGUUGUCUUUGACAGGGAGAACAAGACAGUGGGCUUUGCCAAGUCCACCUGUGGAGUCCGCGAUACAACCCAGUCCUCAGGAGUGGCAGGACCAUUCCCCCACAGUAACACGACGGACUGUGCGUACACGGUGCCUCAGGAGGACACCACGGUGCUGAUGAUGGUGGCGUAUGUGAUGGCGGGAAUCUGCGGGAUGUGCAUGCUGCUGCUGGUGGUCAUGCUGGGGCAGUGGCAGGUGCGCAGGUGGAGGCGGAGCUGGGACGACUGCGCAGACGACACCUCACUGCUCAAGAGCAACACAUCUUACUGAUCACCUGUAUACUGUAGAUAGUCUCCAAGCAGACCCUACGGUGCCUUUAAGGUAGUAUCAAAGCUGGCCAUGGAGUAUAGCCGGCCAAAUGACUCCCUCUGUCAGCUAUACUCCUUGGCCAGCGGCACCGUAGGAUCUGCUUGGAGAUUACACUGUAGAUUCCUUUACUUUCGCGGUGGUUUUAGAUCACAGUAGGAGAGAAAAGGAGGUUUUCACUGUUAUAAAUUAUUUCUGGUUGAAACUGUUCUAUAGUAAUAUUCAUUAGAAAAACAUUUUUUUGCGGUCAUGAAUUCAUGGUUCACAACAAGAACCACAAAAGUAGAACUACUGCAAAAGUUUUAAGACUUGCGGUUAGUCAUUGGAGUCAUUUGGUGUUUUCAGAAUUUUUGUCAUGAGUUACUUGGACGUAACCAUGUCACAAUGUUGUUGUUUUUGUCACUAUUCUACUUAAGAUUCUGUAACGAAGAAUCAUCUGUGUAAAUGUUGUGCAACACUGCUAGUAGUCAAUUACAAGUAGUUGGUUAGAUGUUGCUCAAAAGACUUAAGCAAAUCCAAAGUAAGAUAUCAGCAAAUUGUCAAAUGAUACAUAACUACAUUCAAAAUUUGCUUCUUCUGUGUUUUUAUUGGUUUAUAUGAUGACAACAUUGUAUUUACAGUCCACAAGUGCUAUUUUCUCACAUGUUCUUAUGUUGAGAACAUGGUUUUAUGGUAAUAUCUUCAAACAUAUUCUACUAAGCAAUAGCCUAGUGUGAAUCGUGUCAUUUUAAUGUUAUUGACAAAAGAAUAAUCAAAAGCCAUUGCAAAUUGUUGUCUAAUUUUGAAGCAUUUGUUUUCUAUGUUUGUCAUGUAGCAAAAGUCAAGUUAUCAACAGUUUUAUAGCAAGAGAACUUUCCAUCAUUGUCUCUACAAUGAAAAUUGUAGACCAGCACUGUAUACAUUGCUAUUGUUAAAUUAUUUGUCCUUUCUGAAAACCAAGGACAUAUCUUAGUAGUCACAUGUUUAAAUAUGUUGUGGUCAUAUUUUGAGCAUUUUGUAGAAACAUUUGUUUGUAGGGUUUGCAUGAUGUAUAUAUUAUUUUCAAAGUGCAAUUGGCACAACACUUAGAAAGUCAUCAUCAUUCCAUGAAACCUGGAUUUAUGUGUAGAAUGUAAAAAAGACAGUAUAUAGAGCAUUAUAUUUUUAGACACUAGAUAUUUAGUAAUACUUGAUAGACUAUGCAAGGAUGAUUAGUGAUGAUAAGAUAAACAGACAAGAGGCAUUAAGAAAGUGUUAAAGAAAGGCUUGUACUCGACCUAUCCCAGAGUCAGGGGAAAAUAAUGUAACAUUAGUGGAAAUUUGAUGUAUUGACUGUUUCUUGAAUGAAGAUAACUGCCAACUUGUUUUCAGUCAAUUUCAGUCAAAUCAGUUACAGAAAUAUGUCAUCAUUACAUCAUAAUAUUAUCCCUCUACCUUUGUGUUGUACUGUACUAGUGUCAGCCACAGUAGUUGAAAAGAAAAUAUUUCUUGCUUUUGUAAAUGUCAAGUUGGAGUUUUAAAGACUGUUAUGUUCAUAGCGUCUAAAGAUAUGAGAAGAGCAAUUCAAAUGUUUCUUUGCACUGAUGUGAGAUAUCCAGACCACAUUGAGUAUGAAAUACACAAUUGAGAUACACAUGUAGAAGCUGAGCUGUCACAACAGUUGUCUGUUGUCAGGUGCUGUCAAAACAUAGUGAGAACAAUACCAUAGCAGGGUGAAUAGGUGCAAGAACUGAUUGUUCUCACUUCUAUUGUCUACACUUGAAUCAUGGUUUUCCCACGCCAAUGUCAGACAGAAAAUUGUCUUGCAAAAUAGCCUAAGAAAACUUUCCCAUUUCAAGUAUGGAACUGUGUCAAGAUGUAUAUUAUACAGUUUUGCAGGGGUCAAGAUUAGCAUGACAGGCUUCUUGCAAUUUUAUAGGCCUCUGGAAGGAGUAGCUGGACAACUUUGCUUACCAAAGACUUUUACUGAUAUGCAGCAUAUUUGGCAAUGAUUCUGUCUCAAAAGUGGCUGGUGUGAAAUCUUGUCAAGUGAGCUGAAAAAAUCUUUGGAGUCUUUGGAAAGUUGUCACUCUUCAAGUCUUCCAUUGUUACAGAUACAAGUUAUGAAAUGAAAAUGAUACAUUUAUGUCAGAAGUUUUCAGCAGGUUAAUUUUGACCCCUGCAUGUGUAAAACACCCCAAAUGCCUUUAGAAUAUACUUUUGUAGAUGGCACAUCUAAUUUGAUAGACAUGUGUAUAGUAUACCAAGUAACCUGACUUAAUAAGAUGUAAAAUUCAGUCUUGGACUGAGAUUGAUGUAAAGAAAAUGUUAUGAUGAAUAUGGGAUGUAAAUAUUGAACACUAAUUAUAUCCUGGUGGUCAAGAUAUACGUUCAAACUCCAUAUGUAUGUGUUCCAGUUUGAAAGGAAUUUGAUGUAUGACUUCCCUUGCAGACUCCAAAUCUAAUACCAGAAUACAAAGAAAGGUUUGCAAAAGAGCAAGAUACAUAAUUUUCAAAACAUAGAUCAUAAAUACAGUAAUUGAAGUGAUGACCAACAAGUCUUUUAUUCCUGUAUACAAGACAUGCAGAAACUGACACUAGACUAGUGUGUUUGCCCUGUAUCACCUGUUUCACCAACAAAGGCCACUAAGAGUUGUACAUUUUGCUUAGAUACUUUUUAUUUGUUUUAUUAACAAUGUUGUGUAGAGAAUUUAUUAUUUAGAGAUAUUUAACAAUGUGCAUUUCAAAGUAAGACUUAAAAAUAAAUCAACAACAAGAAAUUA